UGCACCAGCCCUUCAUUUCAGUGCCCAGGCUCUUCUUUAUGCAUUAGACCAACACAGAUAUGUGAUGGAAUGAAAGACUGCCCUGAUGGCUCUGAUGAGAACUGCGUGAAAAGAUGCCCUUACAGAACUGAUUUUCUAUGCAAGGACCGCAGGAGCUGCGUCUCAAAGAGCCUGGUUUGUGACGGUCGCUCUCACUGCCACGAUGGCUCAGAUGAGGUCAACUGUCCGAGCGCAGCUGCCCCAGCAGCUCGAGCAAACGCCCUGAAGUGUCGCAUGGGCUCCAGACUGUGUAAAGAUGGGACAGAGUGUGUUCUCUUCAGUCAUGUUUGUGACGGAGAGAGAGACUGCAGAGAUGGAUCAGAUGAAGAAGGAUGUGAAAAUCUCCACUCAAAUGAAUCUCCUGCACCAGUGGAGCCAUCUACUCAGCCUCCCACCAAGCCGUCCUGCAUCAGCCCUUCAUUUCUGUGUCCUGGUUCUUCUUUAUGCAUCAAGCCAACACAGAUAUGUGAUGGGAAGAGAGACUGCCCUGAUGGAUCUGAUGAGAACUGUGUGAAGAGAUGCCCUGACAGAACUGACUUCCGCUGCAAAGACCGCAGGAGCUGCGUCUCAAAGAGCCUGGUUUGUGACGGCCGCUCUCACUGCCACGAUGGCUCAGAUGAGGUCAACUGUCUGGGCGUUGCUCCGCCUGCAGCUCCAGCAAAUGUCUUGAAGUGCCGUGUGGGCGCAAAGCCGUGUAACGACGGCACAGAGUGUGUUUUAUACAGCCACGUAUGUGAUGGAGAGAGAGACUGCAGAGAUGGAUCGGAUGAACAGGGAUGCCCAGACACCUGCAAACAAGGUGAGUUUCAGUGCUCCCACGGGAACAUGUGCAUCCCUGAGGCUGAGGUCUGUGAUGGCAAGUCGCAGUGUCGGGACCAGUCUGAUGAACUGGACUGCUGGAAACCAACCAAGAGCUGCGAGCAUCGAUGCACCGACGGCAAGCGCUGCAUCCCAAAGACAUUCCUGUGUGACGGAGAGAGAGACUGCCUGGAUGGCACGGAUGAGGUGGGCUGCGACCCGGUUACUGUGGCAACAACAGAGUCUCCUAUUCCCUCUCCCGCGCCGACUUGCAUCACUCCAUCAAUUCUCUGUCCAGGUUCAUCACUGUGUAUCUCUCAAAAUCAGCUGUGUGAUGGACAAAGAGACUGUCCUGAUGGAUUUGAUGAGAAUACAUGUGUGGUCCAAUGCAAAAAUCCAGGUGACUUCUUAUGCAGCGACCGGAGGAUGUGCGUCCCCAAGAAGGAAGUAUGUGACGGCCGUGCCCACUGUCCCGACGGCUCAGAUGAGAAGCAGUGUCAGUCAGCAGAUCGAACUGCUCCCACUUCCAACAAUGUGCCCAGUGCCAGAGCUGCCCCAAUAAGGUGCCGCAAAGGUUUCAAGCCAUGUAAAGAUGGCCUGGAGUGUGUUAUGUACAGCCACGUGUGUGACGGAGAGAGGGACUGCCCAGAUGGAUCAGACGAAGAGGGAUGUGCUGCUAAAUGCAAAGCAGAUGAGUUCCAGUGUGCUCACGGGAAUAGAUGCAUCCCACCAGUGAAGGUGUGUGACGGGGAGUACGACUGUCAGGACCGAUCUGAUGAAUUGGACUGUUCGAAACAAAUGGAGGGCUGCCAUCAUCGCUGCGAUAACAACACUCGCUGUAUACCAGACACCUUCCUGUGUGAUGGCGAGAGAGACUGUGCCGAUGGGUCAGAUGAAUCACAGUGUGGUUUGGUGCCUUGUGCCAUUAACCAGUAUCGCUGUAUGAGCGGUCAGUGUGUGUCUGAGGCUCUGAGAUGUGACGGAUAUGCUGACUGCGGUGACCACUCUGAUGAGACGCAUUGCACAAGACCCCCGCGCUGCUCGUCACAGCUCCAGUGUCCACACAGCCAUGAAUGCCUUCAGAGAGAGUGGCUGUGUGAUGGUGAAGAAGACUGCAAAGACGGGUCAGACGAGAAGAACUGUGCGUCAUCACCGGCAAAGUGCAGGGAAUACCAGUGGCAGUGUGGAGACAGCAGUCAGUGCAUCCCUCUGUCAUGGAGGUGUGACGGGAAGAAGGACUGCCAAAAUGGUGUGGACGAGGACAAAUGCGGCCAGAGAAAAUGCCCCUCUCACCUUUACCACUGUGGUAGCGGUGAGUGUCUGGACCCCCGCCUGGUGUGCAACAGCUUCACCAACUGUGCCGACAGCUCAGAUGAGGGCGCAGGAUGCGCUCGACGAAACUGCUCCAGCCCAUCAGCUCCCCGGUGUGACCACCACUGUGUCAGCACCCCAAAUGGACCGAGGUGUUACUGUGCUGCAGGUUUUAAACUACAGUCCAGUGCUUUGUCCUGUGUGGACAUUGACGAGUGCAAUGAAGUGCCUCAUGCUGUAUGCAAACACACCUGCCUGAACACCCGUGGGUCCUACGUCUGUAAUUGCCACCCUGGCUUCUACCUGGAGCCUGACAACAAAAGCUGCAAGACCAAAGACGAGCCUUUGCUUCUGGCAUCAGUGCAGUCAGAGCUGUUACUACUGGGAGUCCACAGCAGCACCUUGCGUCUUCUGUCCUCUGCCAAUCGGCCAGUCUUUUCACUCGAUUACCACUGGGCUCAACAGAGAGUUUACUGGCUGAGCCCCGACUACCAGAGCAUCCGCUGGGCUGACAUGAAAGACUCAAACAGCAAAGGGACACUCAUCAAAGGAGUGAAAUCAGAUUUCAUCGCAGUGGACUGGGUUGGUAAGAACCUGUACUGGGUGGAUGGACUGGUGGGCCAGAUUCUGGCUGUGAAGCUCAGCGAUUCCACAGUGAGAUCUCAGGACUACUCUGUGGUCCUGGGGGAAGAUCUGGAGCAGCCAAGCUCAUUGGUCCUGCUGCCACACAGAGGGAUGAUGCUUUGGUCUGAGAUCGGCAGCACCCCUCAGAUCGAGCGGUCCGGGAUGGACGGUUCAAAAAGGAAGGUGGUGGUGAGCCGAGGCUUGAGCUGGCCAGUCAGUCUGGCAUAUGACCUCCUGGACAACAGGGUGUACUGGGCAGAUGAGAAGCUGCGCUGCAUCGGUUCGGCCUCUCUGGAUGGAGAAAACGUCAAGAUCCUCCAGUUGGUCGAAACACCGAGCCCUUUCUCUGUGGCCGUCUUCAAUGACAGAGUCUUCUGGUCUGAUACGAAAAGAAGAACCAUCCGCUCAGCUGACAAGAACACCGGCAAAGAUCAAAAGGUUCUUCUGAAGAGACCAGGGCAGCCAUUUGGACUGAAACUGAUGCACACCCUGUCCCAGCCAGCCAUAUCCAGCCCCUGUGACCAGCUACACUGCUCCCACCUCUGCCUCCUGGCCCCGACGACGAGAGGCAAGUCUGGAGCACUGGGGUCACCAGGAAAUCCAGCGGAGCUGGGGCCUACGGCAGUGUGUCGAUGCCCAAAGGGGCUGCUACUUUCCAAGGACAAGAUUACCUGCUCUCUGCCUGUGGAUUCAACGUUCAUCCUGCUUUUGUCUCAUACCACAGUCUAUCAGAUUCACCUACACUCCAUGCAUCGUGAUGGUGUGGCUCUGAAAAGAAUGCCAAAUGGCAGAGAUUUGGCCUUGCCUGGUGUAACUAAGGCCUUGGGACUGGACGUGUCCAUCCGGGAGCUUUCUCUAUAUGUGGCUGAUGCAGGAAAAGGAUCUGUUGAUGUGCUGACACUGAGCAACCCUGGGUCGGGACAGGGACUGACGCCCUCUGGACAGAUCCUAAAGCUGAGGGAUGAUCUAAUCACGGCUCUGGCAGUUGACUGGGUGACCUCCAACCUCUACUGGAGCAGCACCGAGAGGCCCGAUCUCCACGUGACCUCCCGAAAUGAUGGCUACACAAUCUCACUGCUGCAGGGAUCACUGACGGGCACCACAUCCAUUGCACUGCAUCCCCCCUCGGGACGGCUUUGCUACACAGCAAUAGGCGCAGCAGGUGGGAAGAGCCAGACAGAGGUGGACUGCGCCUGGAUGGACGGCCGUAACAAAGUAGUGCUGUGGAGGAAGUCGAGCAUCCCCAACUCACUGGUCUUUUCCAAUCAAGGAACUAUGAUCUACUGGGCUGAUACAGGUGAAGGUGUAAUCAGCUCUAUUGGAGUGGAUGGAACAGGAUACAAACAGUACAAAACAGGGCCAGGCCUGCUCCUCUCCUUCACACAUACUGAGAACAUCCUCCUCUGGGUCACCCUGGAUAAAGAUAUAACCAAACUGUGGUUCAGUGACGGCCUCCAGCCUAACCAACUGUGGUUCGAGACAAAGAUCAGCGUGGUGGAAGUCAAAGCCUACAGCAACGACACUCAGUCUGGAACUAACAGCUGCUCCAACAAAAAUGGUGGAUGUGGCCAACUGUGCCUGCCCUAUCCCGGAGGUCGCACAUGUAAAUGUGGCCGGGGCUUCUACGCUGCCAGCGCCACUUCCUGUUCCCCACUUCCCGACUGCCCCACUGGGGAAGAAUCCUGCUUUGAUGGUAGCAAGUGUAUCAGCAGCAGCAAGUUCUGUGACGGACACGUGGACUGUCCGGACCAGUCAGAUGAACAGGACUGUCCAAACACAAACUCUGUGUCUUUCGGGACCAAGUCCAGUGAUGGCCGCCCAAACGCCCAGAAGAACUCUGUUCUUUCAGUUAAAAGAGGCUCCUGUGAUCUUCAACACUGCAACAAUCAUGGCAACUGCAUCAUAGAAGGCAAAGUGACUCGCUGCCAGUGUAUGGCUGGUUACAAGGGAGACUUCUGUCAAGAGACAGAAACUGGAAAGAGUCAUGUGGGUGUGAUCCUGGGUGUCCUCUGCCUCCUCGCUGCAUUGGUGGCUGCUGGUUUUAUUUUUGUCAGAAGGCGAGGCUGGGAGUCGCUCAGAAACAGAUCCACGGAGAAAGAAAUUCUGAUGGCCAACAUGGGUCUGCCAUGUGAACACUACUCAGACUCUGAGGAGCUGGAUUCACCGGUAGAUGUGAAGAAGCCAUCGCUGACGUUUAAGUCACUGCAGCUUCAGGAAAACUCUGAAGGCAGCAGACAUGGCGAGUAAUGUCUGAGGAUACAUUUCUGUGGUGCUAAAUGUAAAUAUGCUGAUGGAGACUGUCUUUUGAUGAAAUAAAAGUG